GAAAUAAAUGACACGGGACAGAAGAUGCCUCAAGGGUGCUUAAACACUCUCUGGUCUGAAAUGAGAGAGGGGUUGCCAAAGGCGAAAGAUAUUUUCACAUGGCAACUUUUCAAGAUUCUGCUUAUGGGACAAAGCCUCUCAGCAAUGAUUUGUGGAACUGCGGUAACAUCUCAGUAUCUGGCUACCAUUUACUACAUGAAUGCACCCAUGCUCCAGAGCUUUAUCAACUACACCCUUCUUUGCAUCACAUAUACCGUAGCAUUGAUGUUCAGGAAAGGUGAUGGCAAUAUUUUGCAGAUAUUAAAGACUAAAUGGUGGAAAUAUUUAUUGUUGGGACUCAUAGAUGUGGAGGCAAAUUAUGCAGUUGUGAAAGCAUACCAGUACACUACAUUAACCAGCAUACAGCUUCUGGACUGCUUUGUUAUCCCAGUUCUGAUGAUCUUAUCCUGGUUCAUUUUAAAGACCCGCUAUAAGGCCAUUCACUAUGUGUCUGUGUGCGUUUGUCUGGCUGGUGUGGGAGCCAUGGUCGGAGCUGACAUCCUCAGUGGUCAGGACCAGGGAUCUUCAAGUCACAUUCUUCUUGGAGACGGUCUGAUUCUUAUCAGUUCUACUCUGUAUGCCAUUUCGAAUGUGUGCCAGGAGUACACAGUGAAGAAUUUGAGCAGGGUUGAGUUUCUGGGCAUGGUGGGUCUCUUUGGAACCAUCAUCAGUGGAAUUCAGCUAGGCAUUGUUGAACAUAUAAACGUGUCUAAAAUUCAAUGGACAUGGGAAAUCGCUCUUGUCUUGGCUGGAUACUCACUAUGCAUGUAUGGCUUUUAUAGCAUGAUGCCUGUGGCAAUAGAGCUGUCCAGCGCCACAGCGGUCAAUCUCUCCCUGCUCACUGGAGACAUCUUCAGCCUCUUUUUUGGAAUCUUUUUGUUUCAAUAUAAUUUUUCCGGACUAUAUGUUGUAUCACUGGUGGUGAUCCUAUUUGGUUUCAUAGCGUUCAAUGUUGUCCCAGUGUCUUAUCUGGAAGGAUCUGACAAUCCCUCCACUGGGCCUGAUAAUGGAAACACUCGGGACUGUGUGGAUGAGAUGACCUGUGAACAAACAGAUCUUGAGAGAGAUCAGAUCAAAAACAGGCCUGAUGAAAUACAAUCAGCGUGUGUCGUUAUAAACAGUUCUAAAAUGUAG